ACAUGAUCAAGGCUACCCUCGGGGCGGAGGGAGUUGGGCACCUGGUAGGCUGAGUUGUUGCUCAUACCUACUGUGCUGUGUGAAGAUAUGGAUCAUGAGCAGAACCAAGGAGCUGUGCUGCUACAGUUGCUACAGCUUCUGUGGUUCCUGCCCCACUCCUGGGCUGUCCCUGAAGCUUCUACUCCAGUGUGGUGGGAUGGCCUGCAAAACCACACAUUCCUGCACACGGUGUACUGCCAGGACGGGCAUCCCACCAUGGGACUCUUCGAGACUUACGAUGAGGACCAGCUUUUCUCCUUCGAUUUUUCCCAGAACAUCCGAGUGCCUCGCCUGCCUGAAUUUGCCGAGUGGGCUCAGGAACAAGGAGACAUCCCUGCCAUUGUAUUUGACAAAAACUUCUGUCAGAUGAUGGUCCAGAAAAUAGGCCCAAAACUUGAUGGGCAAAUCCCAGUGUCCAGAGGGUUCCCUAUCGCUGAGGUGUUCACGAUGAAGCCCCUGGAGUUUGGCAAGCCCAACACGCUGGUCUGUUUCGUCAGCAAUCUCUUCCCUCCCACGCUGUCGGUGAACUGGCAGCACAAUACCGUCCCUGUGGAAAGCGCUGGGCCUACUUUUGUCUCAGCUGUGGAUGGACUCAGCUUCCAGGCCUUUUCUUACUUAAACGUCACACCAGAAGCCUCUGACAUUUUCUCCUGCAUGGUGACUCACGAAAUUGACCGCUACACAGCAAUCGCCUAUUGGGUGCCCCAGAAUGCACUGCCCUCAGAUCUUCUGGAGAACGUGCUGUGUGGUGUGGCCUUUGGCCUGGGCGUGCUGGGCAUCGUCGUGGGCACCAUCCUCAUCGUCUACUUCCGAAAGCCCUGCUCGGGUGACUGACUGUUCCUGACCAGAGUUUGGUGCCAGCAGCUGCAGCCAUCCAACCAGGGCGCUCGGGUUUCUCAUCGUGCCUGGCAGUCCCUGUCAGAGCAGACGUCCCUGGGACUCCCGGCUGUCUGUGUGAGCAGGUCUCCGCUGGGGCUCUGCUCUCCCUGCACUUGCAGCUCGGGGAGGCCAGAGUGCCUGCCAUCACAGCCACAUCCCUUCUCCCUUAAAGGAAUAAAUCUCGUUUCUUAGUAUCA